AUGGGCGAUCACGUCCUCUUCUUCUAUGGAACCCUAAUGGUCCCGCAAAUCCUACACAAAGUAAUCCACGGCCAGGAAAACCCAGAACCCUGGCAAAAAGCCAUGCUCCGCUUCCAACCGGCCAUUUUACACGGGUACCGACGACAUCGCGUGCAGAAUGCCGAUUACCCAGCCAUUGUGGCAGUACCAGAGCCAGCAAUUGAGACGGAGAAGUCAUCUGAUUCGAAAACCAACCCUGGGACAUCAGUUCUAGGAACCCUCGUGUCGGGACUAACAGACGGCGACGUUUACCGGCUGGAUAGGUUCGAGGGGUCUGAGUAUGAGAAGAAAUCAGUUGUUGUGCGUACGCUGCGGGAAGCAUGUGGUGGUGAUAAAGAUCAUUCUGGUGAAAUGGGUACUGCCGAGAGCCAGCUGCGCGAAAUGCUCAAUGCAACAGGUGCUAAGGUUAUUAAUGAGGGAGAGGAGGAGGUUUGGGCUGUGACUUAUGUGUGGACUGCUGGGAAAGAUCUGCUCGAGGAUACGGAAUGGGAUUUUGAGUCGUUUAAGAGGGAUAAGAUGGCGUGGUGGGUUGGGGUUGGGGCGAAUGAGAGUGAGUGGUAG